CAGAUAAUGGGAUGUAUAGGGUGUAUAUACGCAGGCUGCUGCUCUGUCCAGAUAAGAUGAAGUGAAACACGUGUCACCCCCGGACGUCUGUGUGUUACAGGAGAGCAGGAAAGAUGUCCCACUGGUUCCACCUUCUCCUCCUCCACCUCCUGUGGCCCUGCGUGCGGCCCCUCCGGAUCUGUGCAUUCAAUGCCCAACACUUUGGAGAGAAGAAAGCGGCCAAUGAUGAAGUUCUGAGCAUUCUGGUGAAGAUUGUGCAGCGAUGUGACAUUUGCCUCCUCCAAGAGGUCCAGGAUCCCAAGGGGCGCGCGUUGUCCAGACUUUUGGGAGCCUUGAACAGUCCACAGGACCUGUUCCUGGCUGUGAGCAGUCCACCACUUGGCCGGAAGUCUUACACCGAGCAAUACGUCUUCUUGUACAAGUCAGACACCAUCUCAGUGCGGGACCAGUACAAAUAUGAGGACAGCCACCCGUCCAGGCCAGAUGUCUUCGCUCGGGAGCCUUAUGUGGUGUAUUUUACUGUGCGGUCAGCAGAUCUGCAGCACCUGGUCCUCAUCCCGCAGCACACGGAGCCGGAGAAAACUGCGCUGGAGAUAGAGGCUCUCUACGAUGUAUUUGUGGACGUUCAAAGUCGCUGGAAUUGCACAAAUGUGAUGUUUCUGGGAGAUUUUAAUGCCGGCUGCAGUUACCUCUCUAAGAAGAAAAGGAAAACUCUCCGCUUAUACACAGACCCGGAUUUCCACUGGCUGAUCAGUGACACCUCCGACACCACAGUGAGAGAGAGCACGAGCUGCCCCUAUGACAGGAUCGUGGUUUACGGUCAGGAAUUAGCAGAUUUGGUGACAUUUGCUGGAAUUUACAACUUUACAAAACAACUGGGACUCAGUGAAGAGCAGGCCCUGAAAGUCAGUGACCACUACCCAGUGGAGGUGAGCCUGGAUGUGGCGCUGGGAUGCUCGAGGACUCUCCUCCCAUCACUCAGCGCCAUUGUUCUCAGUCUCCUAUCUGCCAGUGCGGCCGGAAGAUUCCUUUAAAUUGAAGAAUGAGAAUGAAAAAGAAAUUACUUUGCCAGAGAUUCAAAAGGUAAUGGCUAUAAUAAACGGUUAUUCAUGAGAAGAUGCAGGAAGAAUGAUACUGGGAAGCACCUGGAAGAGAGCUUACAAUCUAGGUUCCUGUGAUAAUGAGGACUGUGUUGUGCAGGGAGGGCUAUCAUUUCUCCAUUGUCUGGAGGAGAUGUAGUCUGGAUCCUGGCGGGAGAUGUACAGGACCUGGGCCCUCUGCUCAUAUAAACACAUCAAAGUAUAAACAACCUUGGUAUGGGACAUGUUAUUUUGGUAUUCCAAUAACAGGGCAAUAGAAGAAGCCCACUGCUCCGGAAAACCAGGGAUAGAAGACCACUAAAUGUUUUAACUAUGAACAUAUUUAGAAUAGGCAAGAAAAAACAUUAAAAUGGGAUAACGUGAGUCAGGACCUCCAUAUUAUACCAAGAGGACAAUUGGAAACCUUCCCUCAGAGAAUCCUCAGCUUGCGGGAAAACUAGGAUGGACGUAAGGUGACCAAGUGGAGAAGGAUUUAUCUGCCAGAACCUCCUUAUUAAAGGGAGAUUCGGUCUAGUCCAUCAUACAGAGGAAUGACAGCCUGGGAAAGAACAAGGAGAUGUUUGGUAUGACCAGAUCAAUGCUUUGGGACAAUAUGGUAACUGACUACCAAUGACAACCUCUGUGAUUGGGAAUUAGAAGAUAUGUUCCAAAAAGCCAGAAAUAAACAGUUCUAACAUA